AUGCAUCUGGAGGGCUUCUUUGUCCUUCUGGGCAGCAAUGUUCUACGGGACGCCGAUGCCAUUCUGCCGGCCGCCCAGGCACUCCUUGAAAGAGGCGAAGAAGACCAGGCGGUUGACGGCGGCAGGGGGGAGAUGCCGUGGACCGUAGCGAUGGCCAACACCAUCGGCAAGUUGUACGUAACUACAUACUGGGGGAAUGCGGCCGCAUUCGAGGUGUUUCUGGCAUCUCUGACCUUGGCUCUUCGGGGCGAGAAUGUGGACCGCGCCUUCUGGGGACUCGGCUCCGGCGGCGUCGGCCAAUCUCUGCAGACAGCUCACCUGGAAGCCAUACUCGGGCAGUACCAUUCGUGCCUGGAUAUGAACAUCUACUUCGUGGACGAGGAGAUGCGGAAGCAGGCGGCCAGUCUCGUCGGCAAAAUCGUGGUCACGGGGCAGGAGAGUGUGCAAGGUUCUCGCCGGCCGAUGAGAGAAGAUAUUUACAAGAAGCACAUCUCGGCUGACAAGGUGCCUGAAAGACUUCCGUAUGCUAUACAAACAGCCUUAGUGGAACUUCGCGGGUGGAAGCGGUUCGAGCUGAAUGCCUUGCCCAAGUUCCUCGGUCAGUUCAGCGGUGUGACUGAAGAGAACGUCGAUUCCAUCAUGCGGCGCACUGCUGUUUGCAGAUUCAAAAGCUCAUUCGUCGACAUGGCCAAGCUUCCAGACGUGGAAGACAGGGAAAAACUAGCAGCUGCACAUGGCAUCUUUCCGCGAGAUCCCACGCUGAAGGACUUUCUCCGGGACAAGCCGGCCUGUCUCGUCACGCUUCGCUGUAUCUGGAAUUACGCCAGACGCAAGACAGCUGAGCAGUGCCGAAACGUCCUGGAGCAAUAUGUCGUGCAUGGCGGGGACGAAGGGCUGACGCGUUCCAGUGUUCGCCGCAGUUGCGGACUGACUGUGGAAGAAACAGUGACGAAAGAUCCGAUCCAGGAAAUACUGACAGGCUUGGCCGAGAAGGGGAAGAAGAAAGAUGAGGAUCGAACCGCGCAGCAAAAGGAAGAUGAUGCCUUUUUGCAACAAAUCUGCACAUGGCUUCGUCAAGAGCGCAAAGAUUGGUUUACUGUGGCGCAGCUCAAAGUAGCCAAGAACAAGUAUGUGUUCGACUUCAACAAGCAAAACGCUCAGACAUAUAUCCAGAGGCUUGCCAAAGCAGGCAAACUCAUUGGAACGUCUGCAGUUCUGCCCAAGGUCGGCCAAUGUGAGGUGUAUCUGCCGAUGAUUUCUUUUGAAACGCCAUUGGAGGAAGCAGUGCCCCAGACAUUCGACGAAAAUCUGUUUUUCCCGGAGAAGUAUGAUGUGUCCAAUAUGCAACGACGACUCGCGCCGGGUUCAUCCAGAACUUUGAACCUGAAGAUUCUGGCGCAGUUAUACCGCAAGCGCCAUCAGCCAGAGGGCACAGGCAAGAAACGUGGGGCACCCCGGCGCCGCCUGGAUGCAGAAACAGACGAUGCGCAGCUGGCCCAGCAACUUCUUCAGACCCUUGAUCGUGAGAAUAGCAUUUUCGCAAAGGUUGCCAGAGCCCUGGACGCUUCGCAACGGGAGCAAAGUCAUGCUUGCGAGAGUCUCGUUUUCCAGCAAGAGUACUACUAUCCACAAAAAACUCGAUGUCGUCGAUACGCGACAGGCACUGUCGGAGCACAGGGCGUCUCGCGCUUGGCUCGAGCAAUCUGCUUCCCGGACACACUCGACUACGACAUAGUCGCAUCUAUGUUCAACAUCGUCGUGCAGCUUGUGGAUCUCGUCAAGCCAAAAGAUGUGGAACUGCCAUCAUGGCGUGCCGUGGUGGCAGAUCGAGCCAAUACGUGCCGGCAGGAGUUAGAUUGCAGCGAAGCAACUGGCAAGCAAGUGCUCAUCGAGGUCGCUUGUGGAGCUGUUGUGACAAAGUUCUCCCACCUUGGCGGGCAGGCCGUUCGCUUCCUGAAUGCUCUUUCAGAUGAAAGCAGGCAGCUCCGGUGGCUAGCGUGUUCCCAAAUGCAAAAGGAGUACAACGAGUUACGACAACAUUCCAAGAACACAUGGCCAGAGGCUAGCAUCUUCUCUUCAUGGUGGACGUCUGCGGAAGAUUACAUUCUCCAGUAUAUGAUCGAGGAGGUCCAACAGCAUGGAGUGCAGGGGCAUUUAUCCUGUCAUUUCGAUGGACUGCUGCUAGGGCGUGAAAUGGUGGAGACCAUCCAGUGCAAGACCGGUAAGACCAUGGACGUUCUUCUGCAGGAUGCUGUGAUGCGACAGACACCAUUUCGAAUCCGGUUGAAAGAGAAGACUGUCCAAACCCUUGACGCGCAGCUUGCCCGCAGCAUGACGCAGAUCACCUCUUGGACCGGUCUUGGUGUCCAUACGGACUUGCUGGCAGCCGUCCCUAACUCCAUCCCAGCGGCCAUGGUCUUUCUCGGUGUGGAUUUAGAGGUGGUGGUGGCUCGUCUCAGGAUGGAGACACCCGCAAACACACGAGCCCACGCUCGCCGUAUUCGACAGUACUCCGACUGGCACGGCUGUGAUGGCGUCUACCUGUUGCCCACGCGAUGCUGCACAACAGAUAUGAGUAUGAACUUCUUGUUGCAUAUGGAGUUGCCUGAAGCAUCCUUCUGCAUGGGAGUCAAAGUCGGCGACGGCAAUACCAUUGCUGUCAUGCAUAACGGAAAACUAUACGAGGGCACCCGUCCCGCUCUAGUAGAACUGAUAGAUGCUUAUGUGGGCACGAAGGAGACGUUCUGUUUCCAGACAAAAGCAGAUGACCCAGAGUUAGAUGAAACCGAGGGCUCAUUUCUGGAUCUCCUCGCUGGCUCCUCGGCUGUGGGUUCAUCUCGCAAGCGACCGGCGGCUGCUAUGGAAGACCUUGGUCCUCGAAAUGAAGGCGAGGUGGUCGUGGGCAUCGAACUCCGGAAUCUUCUCCAAACCGAAGUCGAGGUGUCCAUGGAAAAGAUGAAGCAG